UGCAUCAGAGCGCCACUUCUCCCCAGGUUCACCAGAGGAAACACCACUGCACAAAAUGCUUUUCCUCCCAGCUGCUGCUCUGUGCUGUCUGUGUUCAGCGCUGGUUGCCAUGGCAGCAGAGCAGCUGAUUCAGGAUGAUUUAACAUUGACCAGGAGAGUUGGUGAAAACGUCUCCUUCACCUGUCGAAACACUGACCAGUGUGAUGGUGAUUACGUAUUCUGGAACCAGAAGAGAGACACAGAAACAUUCACACGGAUUCUUCGUAUUAGAAGGGAUAAUGGUAACAUAGAUAAGGACAGUUACAAUCAUCCUCAGAAAGAUGAUUUCUCAGCUGUGUAUGAACAGAACGUCUGUGAGUUGCAGAUCCAGACAGUUAAACUCAGUCAUUCAGCCACCUACUACUGCUCCUGUGGAAAGAGAGCGUAUGGGAUCUUUGGCUCAGGAACUAAACUGUUUGUAACAGAUGAGCAGGUAGUGAAGCCCGUGGUGAGCGUGUACCCAGCAGCAUCCAGAGCCCACCUGGAGGGGAAGAGCUCCCUGCUGUGUCUGGCCUCAGGCAUGUUUCCUCCUCGGGUCCGCUUCUCCUGGAAAAGACAAGAGGAGAAUGGACCUCUGCUCCCUGCUGAGGGAGAGCAGCUGGUGCUCAGAGAGUUGGGACGCACCGCUGCCAUCUUGCUGAUCAGUCAGCAAGAGAACAGCACCUAUAAAUACCGCUGCUCCGUCCAGCACCAUGGGGGCACAGUGGAGGCCCAAACAGAACAAGAGUUUCCAGCUCCAGCAGCCUCCUGUCCUCCAGAGAGAGAGCCAACAGACCUGCCAGCUCUGCAGCAAGCUGACUUGUCCUUCCAGUCUCAGUGCAGGGUGAAGCUGCUCUGUGUGCUGUACACAGUGCUGAUAGUGAAGAGUCUGGUGUACUGCUGUGGACUCUCUCUGCUGAUGAUCCUCAGAAACAAGGGACCGUCCACCAACUGCACACAUGCUGACUGACUGUUUUCUGCUCGCCUUUUCUCACCAUCAAAUCUCAUCAAUUCAUCUCAUUUAUCACUUUGAUCAGUCUUCACAAAUAUCACUUAUGACGUCUUGUGCUUGGUUGUAAAUUUCACAUCCACAUGUCUUAAAUCCAUAAAUACAAAUAUACACAUAUAUUUGUACA